CAACGCAGCGCUUCCGGUGAGGCUUGACGCAACUUCCGCUUAUCGCAACGAUCAGCUGUUGGCGUUAAUACCAAUAUGGCGUACUGUCAGGCUGGCUGCCCUUCUGAGGCCGACCGAACCGGGGAGCGGGGAGCUCCGAGGCGGUGUCGGGGCCGGCCGAGGCUCACGGACUCGGACCGAGCUCAGAGGCGGCUGGAAUCCCGGAAGAAGUACGACGUGAGGCGGGUGUACCUCGGAGAGUCGCACAAGCUGUGGAGCGAGCUCCGCCGGAGGACCAGCCUGAGCGAUGCCGGGCUGGCCGAGUACCUCAUCCUGCUCAACUCCACGUACGGAGACAAGUACCGGCAGGAAUCCUGCGGGAAGAAAACUGCAGCAGAGGGACCUGGGAAACGGAAAGGAGGGAGGAAGCAGCGCGUGUCCAGCCUCCAGAGCCUGGUGAGCUGGUACCGGGAGCACUCGGCCUCCUGCCCCCACGAGCCCCAGCUCCGAGCUCUGGAGCCCAGGCCCGACCGCUCCACUGCGGCCGUCUGGAAGUGCCUCUCGGACCACUCCUUUGUGCAGUACCUUUACUCGCCACCGAAGGAGGCCAGCGACUCGGAGCACGAGGAGAGAGGCAACGGGGACAGCGAUGGAGAGGCUGCGCACAGGACGGACCCGCUGGCGGCCAAAGGCACAGGGGCCAGCAGGCAGAGGAGGAAAGAAGGUCCCAAAAAGUGCAAAGGUGAAGUAAUUGGCAGUAUGAACCAGACUGAAGAAGACGGAGACCAAAAUCACCAGCCGAGGACGGAGGCUUCAUCUCAGGACACCACACUGAUGGGACAGGCUGCCUGGGACACCGCAUCUUUGCACUCUGCCUCUGCUGAGGAGGAGGAGGAGGAGGAGGAGGAGGCAGCGGCCCUUGAGGAUGUGGCUCCAAGUACAGAUGAAGAAGGAGCGAGGGAGAAGCUCAGGAAAGAAGAACUGACUUUUGGGCCUGGUUGUGAGUAUGACGCCACAGCAGCAUCGUUACCCGAGGAUCUGGACACGGGCAACCAGGACUCCCAAAGCUUGAACGGUCCCGUCCCUCUGAGCGCUCAGCAGGAGCGGGGCGCCCCACCAGCGGCGCAGGUCCAGGAGCCGGCUGAGCCGUUCGAGCCCCAGCCUCUGCAGACAGUGGUGACGGGCUGCCAGAUCCCCAACCAGCGCACGGCUUUGGAAGGCUCCCAGGGCCAACCCAGGUUUCUCUGGCUCUGCUCAGGAGCAACGUCAAACCAGUCGGAAUCAAGCGGAGUUUUUUAUGCGAACACACUGCUUUUCAGUGAUUGGUCGAGGAGAGAGGAGAAACAAGAAGUUUUUUUUUUCCCAGAGGAAGUCCAGGAAAAAAUAAAGAGCGGUGACAUUAAAAUGAAGGACCACAUGAACAGAUUGAUUAUCAUCACCGGUCCUGGCUAUGAGGCCUUGGCCUCAGAAGGAGUCCAGCUCAACAUGGCCAGUGGAAACAUGGAGGAAGUGACCUGCACUGUCAUUGGCGGCGUCCCCUUCAACCAGCUGUGUACACCUGACUUCAAAGUACCUGCAGCACCAGAGGAAGAUUCCCUGACAGGUUUGAGUGAGACGCAGCUGGUGCCGAACACCGUGGAUAACCUGGAGUUGAGCAGCGACAGAGAGCUGCAGCGGAGUCUCAGCAGCGUCAGGUCAAAAAGAAACCGGCGAGGACCGGUCAUUGAGGCAGACGGCAUGCUCAAGAUGUUCCACUGUCCUUACGAAGGCUGCAGUCAGGUUUAUGUAGCAAUCAGCAGUUUUCAGAAUCACGUGAAUCUAGUUCACAGGAAAGGAAGGACAAAGGUCUGUCCUCACCCUGGCUGUGGAAAGAAAUUCUACCUGUCCAACCACCUGCACCGUCACAUGAUCAUCCACUCAGGGGUCAGAGAUUUCAUCUGUGAGACCUGUGGGAAAUCAUUCAAGCGUAAGAAUCACCUGGAGGUCCACCGGCGGACCCACACAGGAGAAACCCCCCUCCAAUGUGAAAUCUGCGGCUACCAGUGCCGCCAGCGGGCGUCCUUGAACUGGCACAUGAAGAAACACACUCCUGAGGCACUUUACAACUUCACCUGUGAGUUCUGCGACAAGAGGUUCGAGAAGUUGGACAGUGUGAAGUUCCAUAAACUGAAGAGCCACCCGGAAAAGCAAACCACCUGAGCCGUGGGGCCGACUCUCCAGCGCAUGCAGGCUCUCCGGGGAGCACGCAGCUGAUGCCCCGUCCCAGGGAACGUCGCCUUGUUCAGGCCGAGCUGAAGCGAGGCGGCCUAACAGCUGUGCAGGACACAGGCUGUGACAGAGUAGAAGGUGCCGUGGCUGUUAGCGUACCGCUGUUCUACCACAGGAUGACGUGCAGAGGAAGCUCCACGCGUCCGUAGCAACCGCUAACUACCUGAUCGUAUCCAGCAGUCACUAUUACUUUCAGGGAUGGGAUUAACUGGUGAUGCAGAGUAUGUCCGUAAUCCUGAACGUCACAUACUGACUGUUAUUUCAUGUGAUAGCCGCUCCGGGAACCCACAUUAUCAGAAAUGAAGUGAAAUGUAAGUUGUGGAAGUCUUUUUGUAUUAAAACAGGAAAGAUUGUGGUUUUAUGUCUUAACAGUCCUUUAGAACCCAACUAGUAAAGGUUACUGUUUACAAACCAGUGUGGAGGAUUAUUAUUAUUAAAGCAGUGUGACCAAUGUCUGGUAAAUGUCAAGUGAAAUCUGGAGCUGGUGAAGGACCCGUCGAUGAGUUGACUGAUGCUGCAUUUAGUUUUAUUAUGGAGCAGCAGGUAAAUUGGGUCACAAGAGCAGCGUCUGUGUAGGGCAUGUGCGUUUAAUAACUUCUCAGGAAAACUCCCAUAAAAUCCAUCUUGUUCUUUCUCUGUUUCACUGCCUAAAUAAAUGCACUUUUCCUUUUUGUAUCAGCCACUAAGCUGUGAGUUUUUAUUUAAAAUAUAGUUGUUUUUUUUCUUCCUCUAAAGACCCAGUGGGCUUCUGUCUUAUACAUAAACUUCUCCUGGUACUGUGUGCAUUUGUGACGAAGUCUGGCUGCGCUGAGAUAAUAAAAAACCCAUUAAAAUCG